CUUUGUGUGCCUUCCAAUAUUAUUUGUGCCAAGAUAUAUUCAAAUAGGUUCAUAAUUAAUUUGACAUCUAAGAUAGCUAUUCUUCUUCAGAAAUCAUGGAGUUUGAGCCCAAAAAUAUUUCAUCAUCUAUGUUCAUCAUACCCUUCUUUCUAUUCACAGUCUUCAUCCUAAUUUGGAUAUCAAAAAAAUCAAAGCCUUCAAACUCCAAGUUACCACCAGGUCCACCAAAACUACCUCUUAUAGGAAACUUACACCAACUUGGUUCAUUGCUUCAUCGUAGCCUAACAAAAUUAUCACAAAAAUAUGGUCCAUUAAUGCAUAUAAAACUAGGUGAAAUUUCAAUCAUAGUUGUUUCUUCCCCUGAAAUUGCCAAAGAAAUAAUGAAAACACAUGACACAAAAUUUUCAAAUAGGCCACAUAUUCUAGCUGCUGAUAUUAUAACCUAUGGUUUAAAAGGCAUGACAUUUUCACCUUAUGGUAGUUAUUGGAGACAAAUGAGAAAAAUUUGCACUUUUGAACUAUUAACACCAAAACGUGUUGAAUCAUUUAAAUCAAUUAGGGAACAUGAGGUGUCAAAUAUUGUUAAGGAGAUAGGUUUGAGUGAAGGGUCAUCUAUUAAUCUUACUAAGAUGAUUAAUUUAUUUGCUUAUGGCUUAACAUCAAGAAUUGCCUUAGGUGGAAAAUCUGAAGAUCAAGAAGCAUUUAUGGUUGCUAUGAAGGAUGUUUCAAGAUUAGUUGGUGGUUUUUCUGUAGCUGAUUUGUUUCCUUCUUUUAAAGUGCUUCAUUAUUUGACAGGUAUAAGAUUUAAAGCUGAGAAGAUGCAUAAAGAAAUUGAUAGGAUUCUUGAGAAAAUUCUUAGAUAUCAUCAAUUGGAUACAAGUUUAGAAAAAGAAGGUGAAGACUUUGUUGAUGUAUUGUUGAGGCUUCAGAAGCAGAACAACCUUGAGCAUCCUCUGUCUGAUAGGAUUAUCAAAGCAAACAUGUUGGAUAUCUUUAGUGCUGGAAGUGGAACGGUAGCCAAAACCUUAGAGUGGGCAAUGUCAGAACUUAUCAGAAACCCAAGACUUAUGGAAAAAACACAAAUUGAAGUAAGAAAUGUGUUUGAUGCAAAAGGGCAUGUCGAUGAAACAAACCUUCAUGAACUAAAAUACUUAAAAGCAGUGAUAAAAGAAACUUUGCGUUUACAUGGUCCGGUUACAUUGUUACUACCACGAGAAUGCAGCGAAAAUUGUGAAAUUAAUGGAUAUGAGAUACCGGCUAAGACUAAGGUAAUAGUAAACUCGUAUGCGGUUGGAAUGGAUCCAAACUACUGGGAUGAACCUGAGAAGUUUUAUCCAGAAAGAUUCAUUGAUAGCAUAAUUGAUUACAAAGGUUUGGACUUUCAAUUUAUUCCGUUUGGUGCUGGAAGAAGAAUGUGUCCGGGUACUACAUUUGGCACUAUUAAUGUUGAAAUCUUAUUAGCAAAUUUGCUUUUCCAUUUUGAUUGGAAAAUGAUUAAUGGUGUGAAAGCUGAAGAACUUGACAUGAGUGAGGUAUUUGGUUUGUCUGUUAGAAGGAAACAUGAUUUGUAUCUGAUUCCUAUUAUGUAUCAUUCAACUGUUGAGUGAUAACUAAUUACUAAACUAUCAUUAAAUAAAAGUUUGAUAAGAAA